AUGGCGGCGGCAGACUGGGGUCCGGGGGUCGCCGUCCCCGUGGAGCUGCGGCGCGAGCGGCACAUGGUGUGUGUGGAGUACCCGGGCGUGGUGCGCGACGUGUCCAAGAUGCUGCAGACCCUGGGCGGCGAGGAAGGCGUCUCCCGGAUCUAUGCAGACCCCACUAAGAGGCUGGAGCUGUACUUCCGGCCCAAGGACCCCUACUGCCACCCCGUGUGUGCCAACCGCUUCAGUACCAGCAGCCUGCUGCUCCGGAUCAAGAGGAAGAUGAGGCGGCAGAGGGGGGCGCCGGGGCCUGAGGCUCACCCCAAGGUCACGUUCGACAUAGAGAGCCUUGGCAUCGUCUCCACCGUUUACAAAUUUCAAGGAAUGUCCGACUUCCAGUACCUGGCCGUGCACACGGAGGCGGGUGGCAGGCACAUGUCCAUGUACAGCAAGGUGCUCAUGGUCAAGCCCGAGAAGGAGAAUUUCUUCCACCAGGAGCUGCCGCUCUACAUCCCCCCGCCCAUCUUCUCCAGGCUGGACACCCCGGUGGACUACUCCUACCGCCCAGAGACACAGCACCGGGAAGGCUACAACAACCCCUCCAUCUCCGGGGAGAACCUGAUCGGCCUGAGCAGGGCCCGGCGCCCUCACAAUGCCAUCUUUGUCAACUUCGAGGGGGAUGAGGUGCCCGAGCAGCCGCUAGAGGCUGCGGCCCAGACCUGGAGGAAGGUGUGCACCAACCCCGUGGACCACAAGGUGGAGGAGGAGCUGAGGAAGCUGUUUGAAAUCCGCCCCAUCUGGUCACGUAACGCUGUCAAGGCCAACAUCAGCGUCCACCCCGACAAACUCAAGGUCUUGCUGCCCUUCAUGGCCUAUUACAUGAUAACAGGCCCCUGGAGAAGCCUGUGGAUUCGAUUCGGGUACGACCCUCGAAAACACCCAGAUGCCAAGAUUUAUCAAGUCCUUGACUUCCGAAUCCGUUGUGGGAUGAAAUACGGUUACGCCCCCAGCGACAUGCCCGUCAAGGCCAAGCGCAGCACCUACAACUACAGCCUCCCCAUCACCGUCAAAAAAACGACCAGCCAGCUCGUCACCAUGCAAGACCUGAAGCAGGGCCUGGGUCCCUCGGCGUCGGCCAGUGCACGCAAGUUGGCCUCCAACAAGUACAAGCUCAAGGUGGGCCUCUCUGCCCUCCCAGACUCGGUCUACAUCUUCCGGGAGGGGGCCUUGCCACCGUACCGACAGAUGUUCUACCAGUUUUGCGACUUGAACGUGGACGAGCUACAGAAGAUCAUUCACCGCAAUGACGGGGCUGAAAGUCUCUGCACAGAGCGGGACGGCUGGUGCCUCCCCAAGACCAGUGACGACCUGAGGGACAUGAUGUCCCUCAUGAUCCGGCACACCAUCCGCUCCAAGAGGCCUGCUCUCUUCUCCAGCCCAGCCAAAGCUGACGGCGGGAAAGAACAGCUGACCUGCGGAUCUGGGGACGAGGACGCAGAGGAUGCGGAGGACGAGGACGACGAGGACGACGAGGACGACUUCAAGCCGUCGGACGGGAGCGAGAACGAGAUGGAGACGGAAAUUCUGGACUACGUGUGA